AGGAAGUAGGAAAGAGCGGGAGGAGAGAUACUCGCGUUCUGUCAUUCUUAUCGUGUUUGUAUUAUCUCCGAGCAAUAUAUUAUUCCGUAUGCGGGACUCCUUGCGAGCGUUGCAGUUUAACGCGGUUCGUGUCAACGUCCGGCAGGCGCGCGAGUUCUCUGUUGGACUGGAUUAAAGAUAUUCGUAAAUCAAAUUCUGAUAUUGACCUAUUACGGAAUAGAGUGAAAUCCGUGAUCGGUGAAGGUAACGCAACUCGACAGACCACGAGGACUGUCCUGUCCUCUCCAUUAGUAUGACCCGCGACUUCGUGGAUCGCGCACGGUCUCUCGUGGAAAAAGAAUUUAAAAAGACUAAAAGAAAAGAGCGGGAUGCACGUGCGUGUCCGGUUGUUUCUAUCUACCUAUCUACCUCUAUCUGAAAUAGACUGAAAAUAACAAACACGUCAUAAUCUGAUAUGAGAAAAAUAGGUGAUAAAGGCGAGUUGAUAAUGAUCUACAGUUGUGGCUUAAAACGCAACGUAUUGCAAAAUAUUUCAGAAUACGCGCGAUCAACGAUGCGAUAUACAUAGCAGAAUGGGAUUUAUUCUGCGGCAAAAGUGUCAAGGCGCUGCUAGUUAUUGGUAAAACGCACAGUCAGCACAACGACAGGAGCUGUUCUCAUAAAGCUACUAACAUUGCGUGGAAAGUUUGGAACGAUUAAAAAUCAAAUUGCGGACUCCGACGCAUCUAGAGCAGAGAAAGGACGAGCAGAGGAGGAUCAGACCGCGAAGAAUGUCAUAGGCUUAACGUCGAUCAACAAGUUGAUCAACAAGCCACAAAAUAAGAAGAAUAAUGCUUGACAAGAUUUUUGUUGACACAUAAAACGCAAGUUGAAUUUAUGGAACAUCGGUAACGCUAAUUAGUAAUCUACUGCUGCGACGGAGUGUGUUGACCUUUUUAAUUAGAUAAGAAAAAAAUACCUGAAACAAUAAUAAGCCAUUAAGUAAGCGAUUAAAAGAAUAAUAGCAAUUGACUUAGAUAAAUAAAUAAAUAAAUAAAUAAAUAAGAGAACAAUAUUAUAAGGGGAAAAACAAAGUAACGAGAAGAGCAUAGAACAAUUUGAUCCUUUGAUCUCGGAAAAUGUAUUCGUCGGCAUUUAUCAGUAAGGCGUGUCUGGCGUUUCUACUCCUGCUGUACUUCGUCGGAAUGGAUUUGUUACUUUAUUUUCGAGUGCAGGACUACGAUGUACGUCCAUCCGUGAACGACACGCGAGCUUCAUCGUAUCGUUCGCCGAUCUUGUGCGAUCUAAAUCCGAUUUGCACGGUGACGGUGAAGGCCAUGACGUUGGAUCACCCUAAUCACUAUGUCCUGAGCCCCCUGGCAUCCCUAGUGGAUUAUUUACUAGGCAUUAGUCGUUCCUGGAUAUGGCUGACGCCAAACGCCAUCAGCGUUUCUCAUGUAGCGGUGGCUGUAAUCGGCGCCCGUUACAUCACACGGAGUUCCCUCUUUUACAGACGGAUAGGUGUCGUCCUAUUCCAAGUCAGAGCCUGGCUGGAUGAUCUAGACGGCCAUGUGGCAAGGAUGAGGCUUAACAUCAAGGGUGAGAGAUCGGACGUCGGCUCUAUCGGUUAUCUCGUGGAUGGCGUCUGCGACGGUCUCGGCUGCAUUGCUCUCGCCGUCGCGGUAUUCUUUUUUCUGAGGCGCAACUCUAAUCACCGAGUCGGUUACGAGUUACUGCCCAUCCGGACGUUGAUGUCAUCGUCAUUGUCGUCCCACAAUUCCGUUUCCUCCACUUCGUUCUGGAAAUCACCUCUGUACAACAUGCUGAUGGUGGGUCUCCACUUUUCCCUGACAAGCAUCGCUUGGAACCGAUAUAUAUCCGUGUACCAGGAUCUUCUAGAAACUGACAUCUCUUCGACGAUCAGCCGAGAGGAUCUCUACGAUAGGCAAACUGUCGUGUUCAGAAGUUCCUCUUUCUGGGCUAUCGCCCUUGCAUGGAAGAUCUUUAACUUCCACGCAAUGAUGGACUAUUUUCUUCUGGCAAUAUUUUUGGAUCGCAUUUGGGAAUACAUUAGACUCACGUGGUGGCAACUACCCACAAUGUUGUUUCUGCUUAUCCUUAUCAGCGAGCUUCACUACACGUACACUUAUGUAGAAAUAUUGUCGGUGAACGAGAGCUUGCGAUCCUCCUUGUAUGCAUUUCCUAAUGCAUAAAGGUACAAUUUCAUGCUAACGCUCGACGCUCAUUUUUAGCGUCAAAACGAGCCACACAUGAUCAAAGUUGACAAAUAUCGAGCGUCUAUUUCGAUCAUGUGACCUGUUUCGUCGCUAAAAAUGAGCGUCAAGCGUCAGCAUGGAAAAGGUUUCUUUUAAAGUCUAUUUUUUUUUAUUAUAGUUUAA